ACCCCAGGCCUUCUCCCUUUGGCCCUCUUCAAACCUCGCUUUAUUUCAGCAGGUGAUGUCCGACAGAAUGAAAACAUCAGGGAUCUUUUGAAAGUUGCCUCCAACAGAGCCGAGCCCCAAAAGUCGGAAGAGGUGCGUCCACUGAGGAGGACAAGGAGAAACUACCUCACGGAUAAGUGUAAGAAAACCAUGGCUUCCCAAGCGGUGGGAUUCCAUAACGCUUCCCUCCCCGAAGAGAAACCGAACGAAAAGAGAAAAUACAAGUGCAACGUUUGCGGGAAGUUUUUCAGUUAUAAGUCGAGUCUGAAGAUACACCUGAGGAUCCACACUGGGGAGAAACCGUACAAGUGCCUGGAGUGCGGGAAGAGCUUUAUCCGUAGCGACCUCCUGACCUCCCAUCAAAGGAUCCACACAGGAGAGAAGCCCUACAGUUGCUCCUUUUGUGGCAAGAGUUUCUGCGACUUGUCCACGCUGAUCAAGCAUCGGAGGAUCCACACGGGGGAGAAGCCGUACGUCUGCGGGGAGUGCGGCAAGAGCUUCAGUCAGAAGGCGAUUCUGAAUUCCCACCUGAGGAUUCACACGGGGGAGAAACCCCAUAAAUGCGCCGAGUGCGGGAACAGCUUCAGCCGGAGCACAUACCUGACUUCCCAUCAGAGAGUUCACCUGGGGGAACGGAGGUAUCAAAACGCAGAUUGCAGCCUCCUGGACCAGCCCAAAUUGAUUCACCCCCCGAUGGUUCAUGUGGAGGAGAAGACCUAUAAACGCCUCGAAUACGGUCAGAAGUUGAAGCAGCACUCGCCGUGCUUGGCCCACCAGAAAAUGUACGCGUUGGGCAAAAGUAUCAGUGUUUUCGAAUGCGGAGACAAGAUUCAGUUGGAGGCUGUGGCUUGCGAGACUUCAGAGAAGCCGAGUAAUUAGCUGAUUAGCCACCGACCUGCUCGCCUAUGUCGGAGUUUUUCUCCUGGCAAUCAGAGAAAAUUUCCAGUCCAACUGGCAUUAAAGCAAUAUGUGGAACUGCUGCA